UAGAAGAUGGCUAAGGAAAACCAUACUACAUUACCUGAAUUCUUCCUUCUGGGAUUCUCUGAUCUCAGAACCCUCCAGGGGCCCCUGUUUUGGGUGGUACUUCUGGUCUACCUGGUCACCUUGUUGGGUAACUCUCUUAUCAUCCUUCUCACAAGGACCAGCCCUGCCCUGCACUCCCCCAUGUACUUCUUCUUGCGCCAGCUUUCAGUAGUGGAAAUCCUCUACACCACCGACAUCGUACCCAGGACUCUGGCUGACCUCACCUCUCUGCACCCCCGGGCUAUCUCCUUCCAGAGCUGUGCAGCCCAGAUGUAUGUCUUCAUUGUCCUGGGCAUCUCUGAGUGCUGCCUGCUCACAGCCAUGGCCUACGACCGCUAUGCUGCCAUCUGCCGGCCCCUGCACUACUCCACCCUCAUGAACCAGAGGGCCUGCAUGGCCAUGGUGGGCACCUCCUGGCUCAUGGGCAUCAUCACAGCCACCACCCAUUCCUCCCUCAUUUUCACUCUGCCUUUCCCCAGCCAUCCAAUCAUUCCACACUUCCUCUGUGACAUCCUACCAGUACUGAGACUGGCAAGUGCUGGGAAGCACAGCAGUGAGAUCUCUGUGGUGACAGCCACUGUGGUCUUCAUCAUGGUCCCCUUCUCUUUGAUUGUCACCUCUUAUGCCCUCAUCCUGGGUGCCAUCUUAGCAAUGGCCUCCACCCAGAGCCGCAGCAAGGUCUUUUCUACUUGUUCCUCCCACCUGCUCGUGGUCUCCCUCUUCUUCGGAACAGCCAGCAUUACCUACAUCCGGCCCCAGGCAUCCUCCUCUGUCACUACAGACCGCAUCCUCAGUCUCUUCUACACAGUUGUCACACCCAUGCUCAACCCCAUCAUCUACACUCUCAGGAACAAAGAAGUGUCUGGGGCUUUGCGACACAUAAUAAAGAAGCAAGUUCCCUCAUCCUAA